ACCCAAUUGAACAAUUUUAAUCGGUAUUUGUGGUAUUUUAUGAUUGCGAUUGCCAGGUUGUAGUCGCAUUUUUUCGUUCGGGCAGUAUUGUUUUGUCAUCGUUAUGUUUGCGCGCUUAAUGAAGUUACAAAUCAUAGUUUUACUGAUAAAGUUAACAAUAUCGGAGUACUUCUCGGAUGGAGAACAUAGCUUUCUGGAACUUUCUGAUCAGUGGGAGUACCUGUCAAAGUUUGCUUACUCUAAAAAUGGAAAUAUUGAAUUAGUUUGCAAAUUUAACCGUCCCGAUUCUGAUGACAAAGUUGUUAAAGUGGGGUUUUAUCAGAUGCCAGUAGAAUCGUGGGAGAGUGACGUUAGAUCUAAAAAGAGCUGUGAAGAGAGAUUAAGCUUAGCUACAUUUACUUUGGAGCUUGUGGUGGAGGAGGACAGAGAGACAGAGAAGGAGAGGAAGUGUUUCUUCUUCUACGACGAUAUUGUAUGCAAGAUAACAAAAGAUAUUAACGGUAACAAAGAACCCUGGGUAUUUGUAGCUAUAUUGUACUGCGAUAACGACAUUACUGAUUUAGAACUUGAGUGGAAGAUGCAUAGCACUAACGGAAAGUCUUUUCUGGUCAAGGAGGCUCCAGUCACUGACAUGGGACUUUACCAAGCUUAUCUUGCUUUCACUAUCAUAUCUGCUUUGUUGAUCGUGUUUUGGGUUAUCUACUACAAGAAGAUCAAGUUAAACAUGAAAGUAGCAGUUCCUUACAAGAUAGCCCUGUUCAUUUCCUUCGUGGGAUUUGCCAUGAUAACAGGUUUCUAUGGUAGAUUACACAGUACUGGGUACCGGAAUGACAGUCUCUUUAACGCUGGGUUCAUAUUCUGUAUGAUAGCUUACACUCUCAUAGUCCAGUCCUCACUUACUGCUGUUUGGUCAGGCAGUAUCAUAACGAUCCAUCUACCUCGGUGGAAGACGGUUAUGACGUUUGUUGUGCCCAUUGUAUUCGUGGUUGCCAUGCUGACAGUCUUUACUCUGCAGUACCUUGAUGUGGAACAACGAGAUGUUUACCCUUUCGAACAACGCUCAGAUAGGUAUCUGAUAUGGAUCGUUCUGGGCUUCUCCCUGAUAAUCUGGCUAUUAUACACAGUCCCCAUAGUGGCCACUGCCUCAAGUAAAGCAGAUAAGAUAGUGUAUCUCCGGAUAUUAUACAUGAUCUUAUCAACAUACCUGUUCGCCGUCGGGGGAUGUCCCCUUAUUGCCAACUUCAACUUGCAGACGGAGAAAAGAAAGUUGUUUGUCCUAGUUUGUUUUGGAACCGCUCAUCUCCUCAACUUCUUCUUUCUCUUCCUCUGCAUCAAAGAUAACCACACCCUCACCUCACUCCGACACUUCUGGUGGACUAUUCUACACGAUUAUAUCUGCUGCAAAUUUAAACUGUGUCCCUGUCUCGGCUGUGGGAAGGAUGACUCAGAAAGUGGGAAGUAUCGUGGAACCAGAAAUGAGAGUGGUUCGUCACCUGGUGACAUGUACGGUGGGAGAAGUGGGAAUAGGGGAGGAGGAGGCUGUUUUGGGUGUUGUUUGAAUAUAUGUCCCUGUUUCUCAGGCUGUCCCUGCUGUAAAGGUGACGACCAGGGGGCUGGAAACAUAUACUCAAGUCAGACGGAUCUCAAGAAAAUAUUAGUUCAGAGCAAAAAUGUCGACGAUUUUGAUCUGAAAAUAAUGGAUAUGGAGGACGAUCAAGCAAAAAAGAAUAAAACCUCACAGAACACUACCCCAGAGAAGGAACCUAUCGUUAUCAUAAACAAUGUUUCAAAAGAAUUCGACACUCCGGCCACCACUGUAAAACAACCUACUGUUGAGAUUAUAGACGGCUUCAGUGAUGAUGAGCAGGGUCCAGAUCAGUUUCAGCAUGAUGCGAACUAUAAAGUCCUUCCCUGGCUCUAUCACGACAAACCGACCCAGGAGCUUACCCCAAAACGACGAUUCUCCAACGCUAUCAUCAACACAGUCAAGAUGAAUAUAACAGAGCACGGAUAUAAGGGUGGGGCUGCUAACCAUUGGAGUAAAGGGAGCCACAAACCCGUUUGCAACGUCUGAAAAUAAACCGAUUGUGUUGUACACAAGGCCAGAUAGCAACCAAACGAGUGUAAAUGGGAAACCAGCCAUUUUCAACCCGCCGAAGACACAAAUAAGUGUUCCAGACCAGUCUCACUCCCAUCAGACCAGUCCCGUCUUGGCUCGCUCUUUCGCGGGUAGUAGUCGGGGAGACUUUUCUCCUCGACAAUUCCACACAGCCAGCUCUUUCCGGAGAAGCACGGACCCUCCUGAACUUGAUGAAGCUGAACUUGAUACUUUCAACAUCGAGGAGUACAAUUCCUCAAAGAUGCGAGAGACCAAAGUGAAGACAAAUACAAUGAUGUACCGACGCGAGAGGCAAAAGCAAAACUUGAACAAUGUUCCCACUCCGCUGCUACUGCAACGGGUCCCAGAUGGUACAAUUAAAAGUGAUUCCGGCUUGGAUCAAGUUAUUUCUAAGACCAAGGUUGUGAAAACGUUUGAGAAGCCCAAGGUUGAGCUAAAAGUGGAGCGAUCAAAGAGUGAUCUGUGGAAAUUGUUGGCAAAAAAGUAUAAUGGGAAACCGAUCGAGCAAACAAGUAGUGCAAGCAGAUCAGUUAAAUCGAGAAAAACUCUUCGGACAGUUGGCACGCCAAAUACUAUGGGCAGUAAAAGUCGAAAAUGAUCGUGAUAAUUGAUUUAUUUGGACUUGUUUGAUAUAAAUAAAAAAUAAUUUGAUUGGCCUGCUAUAGUUGUUAAAUUUUAGUUUUAGAAAGAAAGUUGUACAAAUGUUUCUGUAAAAACAAUCGCUCCCAAAGGGACAUGUUUGUUUAUGAAGGAGUACUGAGCGUCGAAUUAUGAUGGAUAUGAUAUUUGAUGAUAUCUUAGACGAUUGAUUGU